AUGCCUUUCAAGCGCUACAAGCGGCAGGAACUCAUCCCAGACUUCGCCGCCGUCACCGCGCCAAUGGUUGACCUUACGAAGAAAGACGUAGUGAAGUCGGUAGCGACACGCUGGGGUCCGAAACAUGAUGAAGAACUUGCCGAAGUGAAACGAUUACUCACCAACCUCCUUUUUUGCUUUUUCCGGACUUCUCUAAAGAGUUAGUGAUCCACGUAGACGCAUCUGAAGUGGGAGCAGGAGCAUUCCUGGCACAACAGAAUGGCGAUGACGUGAAUUUAGUAGCAUACUUUAGCCAGCGAUUGCGAUUCAACAAAAGCCAGCAACACUACUCUGCCACC